AUGUCUAUCAAAUCGAUCAGCCGUCAAAUCUUCGACUCCAGAGGAAACCCAACUGUUGAAGUUGACCUGGUGACAGAUUUCGGUGGCCUAUUCCGUGCCGCUGUCCCGUCCGGAGCUUCGACCGGUAUCUAUGAGGCUUUGGAGCUGAGAGGAGAAGAACACUACCAUGGCAAGGGGGUGUUGAAGGCUGGACACAUUAACAACUCCAUUGCUCCAGAACUUAUCAAGCAGAAAUUCGACGUGACCCAGCAGAAGGAAAUCGACCAGUUUAUGCUGAAACUGGACGGAACUGAGAAUAAGUCAAAGUUUGGAGCCAACGCCAUUUUGGGAGUGUCUCUGGCUGUAUGCAAGGCGGGAGCUGCAAAGAAGGGGGUUCCUCUCUACAAGCACAUUGCUGAUUUGGCCUGUAACAAGGAGAUUAUCCUCCCAGUGCCAGCUUUCAAUGUAAUCAAUGGAGGCUCCCGCGGUAACAAGCUGGCUAUGCAAGAGUUCAUGAUUUUGCCUACUGGUGCCUCCUCGUUCACAGAAGCGAUGAAGAUUGGCAGUGAGGUGUACCAUCACCUGAAGAAGGUGAUCCUGAAGAAAUUCG